CCGUGGGGAAGGUUUUACAUGAAACACCAAACGGGAGUCAGAGUUGAAGGGUAUGGCGGCGUGAAGUAACAUGUUUCCUGGCCUCUGCGUUACUCGUGGGGUUUUUUCUCACAGAGGCUGUAAGUUUCCGCCUGAGAUCCGUGCUUUUCCCAGUGCUGUACGCGCACUGAGCCCCCCGGAGAUUAACCGUCUCAGGGUAUCGGCGUAUUCUAGCGCCGGCUCGCAGCACAGCGAAAAAUACUGUCUUGAUAUUGUGAGAACCCGGGACUAUGACGGCUUCUUGUGCUCCCUGCUGCUCCCCAGCGCCGCCCGGCGGGCUUCCCUGGCACUGCGCGCUUUCAACGUGGAGAUCGCCCAGGUGAAGGACUUGGUUACCCAGAAGGCCACGGGCCUCAUGCGGAUGCAGUUCUGGAGGAUGGCCGUGGAGGACGUGUUCAGAGACAAGCCACCGGUGCAGCCUGUCGGUGCCGAGCUCUGGCUGGCAGUUAAGAAACACAACUUAACUAAACAGUGGCUGCUGAGAAUCAUCAGUGAAAGAGAGAAGGAUCUGGAGGACAAAACAUACCGGAACCUCCAGGAGUUGGAGACGUAUUCUGAGAACACCUACUCCUCAUUGCUGUACCUCAUUCUGGAGUGUCUGGGCGUGAGGGACGUCCACGCCGACCACGCUGCCAGUCACAUCGGGAAGGCCCAGGGGGUCGUGACGUGCCUGCGAGCCACACCCCACUACAGCCAGUGGCGUAAGGUCUAUCUCCCCAUGGAACUCUGCAUGCUGCACGGUGCUUCACAGGAGGACUUCCUGCGGGGCAGCCGGGAGCAGAGCGUGAAGGACGUGGUGUAUGACAUCGCCAGCCAAGCCCACGUGCAUCUGCAGCACGCUCGAUCGUUCGCCAAAAACGUUCCAACGGCCGCUUUCCCUGCCUUCUUGCAGACGGUCGCGUUAGAGGACUACCUGCAGAAAGUGAGGAAGGUGGACUUUGAUGUUUUCCAUCCCACGUUACAGAAGCGGAACCCUCUGCUUCCCAUCCAGCUGUACCUCCGUUCAUGGAAGGCCGUCUACUGAUAUCUCCUGCUGUAUAGAUCGGUGUUUCCCCGCCCGGUCCGCAGGGACCGCCAGACAGUUCACCUUUCUGCUCCCUUCCCACCCACUGCCAUGCAGUGGACAUUUUUGCUGCUUACUAGCUCCCCACCAGGGAAGAAAGCAUGAAAACACACUUACUGCCCAUGUCCUUGCCACUCAGUCCAGAUUUUUGCUGGGAGGGAGCAGAAACGGGGGGGCUCCCGAGGAACGUGUUGGGAAACACUGGUAUAGAUGCUUUAAUUUAUCUAUCAUUGUCCAGUGGAUAUUUAUAAUAUAAUCCCCAGUGUGUGGGCUCCAUCGUCUUCUCUUGUGGCUUUCCUCUGUCUGCAGUGCCCUGGACUGUGGGUGCUGGGCUCUCCUCGCGGCUUCAGGUAGCCCUACAGAUGGAUGGGCAGUUUUAGCUUUCCCGUUUGUUGGGUCUGUUGGGUCUUGGGUCUCCACAAAGAACGAAACCUUCGACUUACAAAUCAACAUGCUCAACCCUUCCUGCGAGUGACCCCUCGGCGCGAGACGGCUGGCUGUUCCCUGCUGUUUUCUUGCUCGCUGAUCUCAGCUUCUCACUCUUCCAAGGCCCUUCACUCCCUGUCCUCCCAAAUCUUGCCUUUCCCUCCAAGUCUUGUACAGAGACGUCGCUCCCUUUCAUAAUUUCUUGCGACCUAUAGACACUUCACUCAGUAAAAUAGCAUUCCAUUCCUUUUUUUAAUGUCAGUUCUGAUCUUGUUUUCUUCACCUACGCUGGUUCACUUACACAAUUCAUUGGCACUAAAUCUAGGCAUUUCACGCUGCAUAUGUGCUCUAAUCCAGCAAAGCAAGAGUUAAUAUUAAAUUCACCAUUCUGCACAAACUGGGUGCUGUGUCCUGCGGUCGCGCCGGCAUGCUAAGAAGCUCUGAAACCCUCUGUGCGCCACAUAACUUAGUUACAUUUUUAGUAAACAGUCACAUUCACAAUGGACAAGGCCAAAGGCAUUGAGAGCAAUCGCAGCAGCACUCAGACUACCAACAGACUACGUCCCAGACUACCGUAAAUUUCACCUCCACACGUCAUGUACACCAGUCGAUUGUUUUAAAUAACGCAAACAAAUUUUUGUAUCAAUGUACAGAAAGGUCAACAUUUUAAUGAAGGCUCACGUGAAGCUAUUUUAUUUCUGUUCCAGAUCAACAGAGAAUGCAGCUACACUGUGGAACGUGGAAUGAUAUGUUAAUUAAGUGAUCUGUGAGAUGAUUAGUGGAUGGCUGUUUUAAUAGCCACUGUCUAAUUGGAUCCUGGUGGUCAAGCGAAAUCCGGGGAGCGGAUAACUUCGAGACUCAGAGGCGGCUAACAUAUUGGUUUAUUAAUUUUUGAUUUUAUUUCACUGCAGCAUCAAUCUGGCAUUUUCAGUGUUACAAUGCUGAAUGAUCACAUGGAAAUCUUUUAGGAAAACGGACCUUGAAGAGCACAAUCCCUUCCCUCGUGGGAAGCUACUCCGGGCAUUCAGGGAUUAAAGGAUUCAAAGGUUUAUUGUCAUAUGUACAGUGUACAGAUACAAAGUACAAUGAAAUUCGUAUUUGAAUGCCUUCUUGCAGACUACCAGGCAACAUGUCGAGCAGCAAUACAAGAAGCAGUCAACAUAGAGUGCAACAUUAUGGUAAAACAAACUGUACAAUGUAGUACAUACAAACUGCGAAACAUGAGCGCACAGGAUUCCAAGUUAAUAUCGCAGUUUAUUUUUUGAGUAUUACCUGACUCGUGUAGAGCAAAGGACAGUUGUGUUGCUCCCUGACCAGGAAUCUGCACAAACAGUAGGUGGUUUAAGCUUCGUCCGAAGGGCAGGGCAGCUGCCUGGACCUUCUGCCUCCUCGACGUCCUUCAGUGCCUCCCCCGUCCUGGAACAAGCAGCCUUCACUGUAGUUUCAUUUUUUAUAACUACAAAGGGAGCAAAGGAUGUAGGAUGUAAGUUCGCAUGUCUGACUGGGACAGCAAAAGCUUGGCAGCUGGGUCCCUAACGACGGAAGAACCUGCUUUACCCAGGGUACUCACCCAGAGCCCCCCCCCCAGGGCUCCCGCAUCCUCACCCAUCAGCUGACUGAAGCCGCUGUCCAGCCCUCAGCGAUGCUUCCUGCGGCUCUGCCCCGCAUGAUGGACGUGUCGUAAGGUCCUUCCUGGAUCGCAGCUCCACCCCAAACGCCAGGAGAACUUCACCGGCAUUAUAGCAAAGGGCUACUAGCCAGAGGUGGAGAGUUCAGGUCCAGCAGACCAAGAUUUUGCUUCAACCAACAUGUUGAUGAUUCUGUGACUGUGACUCUUUAUACCCGGCUGGUUGGUUCUGAACCUGGACUUUCCACCUCUGGGAGAGAGUUUGUUCUUUGUACUGGCAGAUUCAUAAUUUAGAGUCGGCUUCUUAUUUGUUAAUUUCCAUGUUAUGUAAUGGUGUAGACUGUAGAGGAUGCACCUUGGCUCGGUGGUCACUGCUGCGGUCUCGCUUGUACGGCUGGAUGCCUGUGAUCCUGUCAUCACCCUGCAUGCUGGAAUUUGCAUGUUCUCCACGUGUCACACGUGCUUCCCCUGGGUUCUUUGGUUUCCUCCAGCCGCCCAUAAGCAUGCAGCCUGAUGAGUUGCCAUCUCUGAGACGCCCAUAUCCACAAUGUGUUCUUGAUGACUAUGCUAGUUUUAGCUUGUGCAUUUCAUCAGGCCAGGCUUCCCCAGUUUCCUGCAGGCGCAAAUUCAACACAAUCUGCAGAUUUCCCUGCUCAAGCACACCUACUAACCCCAGUAAUUAGCUGAUUAAGACGUGCUUCAGCAGGGAAAACUGCAAACUGAUUCUGGCCUCCAGGACUGGAACUGGGGAGGUACGCCUUAGGGCUGUUUAUUUGGUAUUGAAAGAUUGCUGGUUCAAGUCCCUGACCAGCAAAAUACCACUGAGAUAUCCUGCACAAGGUUCCGCCCCCCAGCACUGCUCCCCGGGCGCAGAAUCAGCUGCUCCCUGCUAUGUCCCAAUGUCACAUAUGGGUUAAAGGCAGAGGACACAUUUCUUUGUUUUGUGCUGUGGCAUGUGUCUUCACUUUCACAGCAGGAUCAUAUGCAGUUUACUACAGGCAAGACUACAUUGCAGUAAUAUAUAUACACAGAUGUUCAAUGUUCUGUAUGCUGCUGAAACAAAAGAGCAAAACCAGAGCCGGUAACUGUGUUUGCAGAUUUUCUGCUUAUGACUAUAUGUUUUCAAACAACGCCAUUGCACGACAUUCUUGCACUAAAUACGUUUCAUGCAUUAUUUUUGGGUGGUUUGUAAUGUAGUAUAUGGUCAUGUGCAGGCACGUUGUGAGGGACAGAUGAUCAAAGCCUUCGACAUAUAAGAGGGACACUCAGAACCUUUAAAGGGAGGUACUGCAGAUAGUUUGGGCAAAAGGGAUGAAAAGGAACAAGUGCUCAAACACCCGCAGCCCACACACACCUGCCUGAUUAUGUGUCAUGUGACACUGGGAUAAAACAAAUCUCCAGCAUGACAUGUGGAAGGAACAUGUUACAAUCAUUCUAAAAUAAGUAAUUGUCCAUUGUUUUGAUUGCUCCAUGUAAUCUGAUAGUUCACUUUCCUGAAAAGUUUGCAAAGGGCAGCACAGUAAAUUUUACAUCAGAAAAUGCUGUGUUUCAUGAGUGGUUUUAAAAUAAACACCAGACAGUCUGUGGGUAAAAAUCCCUACUUAA